AUGGAAAUUUAUGAGAAGGAGCACAAUGUGACAACUGAGAAGAAUUACAUAUAUAUGACUCAGUUGAUGGAAAUUAUCAUCCUUUAAACUAUUGCUGAUUUAGAUGACAUAAUGAUUUAUGAAGUUUAAAGAAAUAAAUAAAUCAAAUUUUAGAAGCAUUGA